AUGCAGCAAACUGAGCCAACUAUUUGGGAAAUUUGCAGCUUUGUCUGGUCAGCUGCAGGUAAGCAGUCUGAUCUGGAAUACCGCGUUGGUGUUCGUGGGUAUGGCUACCCAGCUAUGGUAGCUCUCAACUUGAAGAAGGGCGUUUAUACUCCUCUAAAGAGUGCAUUUCAGCGUGAUGAGAUCAUAGAAUUUGUAAAUGAAGCUGGACUUGGCGGAAAGAACAACCUAGCUUUUGAGGGCACUCCUUCCAUCAUGCUUACAGAACCAUGGGAUGGCAAAGAUGGGCAAAUCCUUGAAGAAUAUGAGCUUUCGCUGGAAGAGUUAGUGGGGAAUGAUGACACUUCUAACAAGGAUGAGUUGUAA